AUUAGCCUGGGAGAGAAAGUACGAAUGUUCGCGUUGUUAGCUCUUGAGAGUUUUGUGCAACGACUGGUGUGCUGUCCGUGUCCACAAUCUUCAUACUUUCGUUGCAAUUUGAAAAGGUAGGACGUUUGCUUUCACGGAGUAGCACAAUAACCGGUGUCACCUCAGUUGGCCUCAAGUUUCACCUCAGUAACAAUAGCGUCCAUUUUUCUUUUGCUUCCAUUUUUUGUUCGAUCAAAGCGCGAAGUAUGUGCGCGCAAUACAAAUAAGUUUGUCAUUUCCAUUGCACAAACGACUGGAGAAUUGCACUUUCUGCUUAAAAUUGAGCUUUUUGCUCAUCAUUGUUAAAGAAAUGUGAGAUUGUUUGGCGUUCGUAGUGGAAACAGUAAUCACUUUUCAGGCAAUAGGAGGGAGUAGAACAGCAGUCAGCAAACACUUAUCUAGUAAUUUAAUAUUUCUCGUUCCAUUUUGCUUUCAUCCGGAGAAACGCAAACCUUCAUAUCCUAAUCGCUUCUCGAGAUAAAUUUUGAAGGAAAUUGCACCUCGAAAUUACUUUAAUAUGCCCGUAACAAAAUACACCUUUUCUGGCAAGUUUCCUUAUUUACCUGUACACCUUUAUUGCUCCAGAACGAUAACAAGAGUCAGCUAGGUAAGGUUAAAAUUCAGAUGUCUUUUCAAAGCAGGCCUUUCUUUUUUCACUUCAUUAACUGGUAUCAUAGAAGAAUAAUGUUUUGUUUAAAGCUUUGUUUUAUCAUUAGAAUAGAUUUCUCGCUUAAUCCUCCACAAACUUACAACCUUAUACUUCAGGUUGCGACUUAUUUUUAGCGACUCCUUAGUUUAGCUAAUUGGCACAAGCAACCAAAUCGCCUUUGAAAAAGCUCGGUAAAUUCAAUAUGGGUGGCUGAAGUGUACUCUCCAAAGCAGUGGUUGUGCAAGUUCUUUUCAACUCUCUGACGCCCAAAGUUUUGUGUCUAAGAAGCUGAAAUUACUAAGUGAUGUUGUUAGGUGGAGCUACCACUUUAACAGGAAAAAACUCCACGGAUACAUAAGAAUCUGCAGCAAGUAAUAGAAUAUAAAUACUUCCUAACAAAGGGCAUAGAGCAAACCAUGCAACUCUACUGGUGUAUGAGGCACUUUGCUAGUUUUGUCUGGGAAUAUGCUCAACAUUAUUACACAAAAUGAUCAUUAUAAUGAAAUAUAAAAAGUGUACAAAAAAUAAUGGCCAAUUAUGUAAAUUGAUAGGCAUAUGAAAACUGAAAAUAAAAGAAAACUGUUUAUUAAUUAAUUAACUAAAUAUUUCUGUAGACAUCAGAGUUGCAGAAGUAUUUCGUUGGUUUUUGCAUCUAUACAUGAAUGGAAGGAAAAAUUUAAGUUUUGCCAAAAAAUCUUGAUGUCAGUGUUGAUUAUAUGAGAAGUAAUGGCUAAAUUGAAAUUAACAUUAACAGACAGAAGAGGUAUCAAAAUUGUUAAAAAUAGUACUGUUUAUAAAGUUACCACCUAGAUAUACUUGUAAUAGUAAGAGUCUGUAUCAUUACUGGUAGGGAAUGAUGGUCAAAAAAUUAUUAAAUAGGUUUUAUUUUGAUCAGAUAUGAGAAACUUGAAAUAACAGAAGCAUUAGAACUGUGUUGGAAUUAGCAUUAGUGAAGGAAAUGGAUGAAUCUUGGACAUGAAGGAAAAAUAAUUUAGAACUGAUCUUUAAGAAGUUGAGCUUUGUAAAUGUUUUUUUUCCAAAUGAUUGUCUGUGGCAAGUAUCUUUUGAGCUGGCUUGGCUUCAUUAAUUUUGUUGGAGUAUCUACAUUGUAUGAAAGGAAAUUUGUUAACAUAAUUAACAUUAACAUAUCAAGUUAUAGUAAGUAUUGAAAUGAUAUGUUAAAACUUUCUUUGAACUCAACUGAUUUUGCUUCAACUGAAGUAAAGAGUUUCCUUAUACAGAAAUUUAGGUUCCCUUCAAAAAGGUAGAUCAUACACACUAACCACGUACCAUGUGCUACAGAUAUACUGUACUUGAUUAUCUUUACAGCUGCUUGUUAAGUAGAGAGAAAAUCUCCAGGUUGAGUUUACAAACACAAAUUUGUUCUGUUGUGACACAGCUGAAUUAUGUCUGCAAGAGGUGCACGUUUGGAAUAUGUGGGAGACUUGGAUCUGCGUCAGGAGCAGUGGGCUGCUGCCCAGGCUACAAAUUAUCUGGACUUCAUGGCAAACCUUGAUAUCGACCGAGAUCCUCGCACUAUUCGUAACUCUGGCCUGAUCUGUACUUUAGGUAGGUAACAGUCUGGGAGCACUUAUUCAAAAGGUGGCUGGCAUACCAUUUGAGGAUUGCCAUUUAAACAUGGUUUUGAAUUCCCUUCAUAAAAGCAUCCAUUUUAUGUUGUGCACUGGAAACUCUCAUCAAGGAUUUUACACCAAAAGAAAAAUUUAGCCUCAGUCAAAUAAUGUUGUCCUUUACUAUGAAUCAUAAUUUAGUAUUAACUCAUGCUAUUACUGCUGUUCCUCAAAGUACUCACAAAGGUGGGAUAGAAAGUGAUUUAAUAAGUGAUCUAAUAGGUAGACAACGAGUAGACUCCUGUAUAAAUCAACCAGAUAUAGUGGGGAAGCUCUUUGGCUUGAAAGGUGGUAUUUCUACUGUAGCCCAGUAUUUAUAUCUUAAAAGUCAGCUUUGAACAUGAGUGGACCUCAGUGUAGGGCUCGGCACUAAACUAUAGAGUUAUUCCCCAAAGCUUCCUUGUGACAUCUGUUAUUUUUUCUUGGACUGUAAGAUAUUGAAAUUGAGCUGUUCUGCACACUGUUUGGGUCUUGAGGGAUGAAUACUAGACUAGAAGUUCCUAUUUGUAAAAUUUGCUGUGUCAUAUUUUUAGGGCCAGCUUCAAGGAGUGUGGAGAUUAUCUCCCAGUUAAUUGAGAAUGGCAUGAAUAUUGCAAGAUUGAAUUUCUCUCAUGGGACUCAUGAGGUAUUCUUUUUUGGCAAGUGUUUUUGUUUUGUUUGGUUUUUGUUUCUUUUUUAUACUUCUAGAAUGAAAUUAUUUAUGACUGGUAAUAUUUAUACAAAUUCAGGAAGAUUCCAUUAUGUUCAAGAUGGCUAGGGAAAUUGUAACAAUGCUUAUGCUUGGAAUAAUUUGUUACAUGGGUUAGACCCAUGAAAUUAAUACCCUCUUGUGUAGUGAAGUUUAUCAUAAUUUGCAUGUUUUACACACUCUUUACCUGAAAUGAUAAAUAUAUUCAUCAUAUUACAUCCAGAAUUUAAGGACAGAGUCUUUUUCUUCCUUGAAACAUAAAUUUUUAAUGGCAAAUAUCUGAUAUAAGGAGUGCCCGCCUCCAGUAUUUUUGCACUCUAAGAACCUGUAAGUAAUGCCUGUCUUUCUGGACUUUCCGACAUUUCCAGUAUCACGCAGAAACCAUUGAAUUGGUAAGGAAGGCAGCAGUUGAAGAAUGGCCUCAUGCUGUUGCUGUUGCACUGGACACAAAAGGACCAGAGAUCAGGACUGGGCUGUUGAAAGGGGUGAGUGCUCUGUAAAACUGCUUGUAAUUCUAAUAGGACUGGACUUCACACCAUUAUGUGUCUGGGUUCAAGCCUUGGCUGAAGUUAGAGUCACAAAGCCUCUCUACAUCCAGGAGCCAAAUGGGUGCUGGGUGAAAAUCAUAGUUUGUGUGGCUGAAUGUUUUAAAGAAGGUUUGACUUCUACAUGAUGGAUGGGAAAUCCUACUUCCUGUUAUUUUGUUGCUUCCCCAACCUCAGUUUCUCUGUAAAAUUCCAGUAAAAUAGUGGAUAUACACAGGUCAGAAUGGUCAGCAACACUUUUUAUUAAGAAAUGCUACAGUGGUAACAAACAGGAGGAGGUCACAGUAAUUUUUCUCAUUGCUACAUGCUAGUGUAAGAGGUGGUGGGCUAAUGGUUAGUGUGCUGGAAUCUUGUUAAGAGGUCUGGGUCUGAAACCUGCUUAGGUCAAUGUGUGUUGUUGGACAAAACACGUAACACUCACUGUGCCUCUCUCUAAACAAGAGAUAAAUGGGUACUAGUGAAUUGUCAGGGAAGCCUGAUGAAGUGGUUAGGGGUAACCUUGCAAUAGACUGGCAUCCCAUUCAGGAGGAAGUAGUGAUAUUCCUUGUCGCUUCAUACAAAGGAAAGUGGGAUAAUCUGUGGCUGGGUGGGUGGGGCACUUGGUGCAAGCACAGAAUUAACCAACCUUACCUGACCUUACUUCAUGGGAGAGAAACUAAGAAUAAUGCUAGCCAGAAUGAAUUACUCUGCUACCAAGACUGUUCCUUUUUAUUAAAUAAAUGACAAGUCUUGUUUUGUUAAUUUACAGGGUGGCGGUGCAGAAAUUUAUUUGUCCAAAGGUGAUAUCAUAAAACUUACCACGGACAAGGCAUUCUUUGCUGAAGGAGACAACGAAACCCUUUAUGUAGACUAUGAAAACAUCACAAAGGUGAUGAAGGAAGGUGGAAUUAUAUUUGUUGAUGAUGGACUGAUUUCACUUAAAGUCGUGGAAAUAGGCUCAAACUAUCUUCAAGUUGAAGUGUUAAAUGAUGCUAAACUUGGGAGCAAGAAGGGUGUUAACCUGCCAAAUGUUGAAGUCGAUUUACCAGCUGUAUCUGAGCAAGACAAGAAAGAUAUACUUUUUGGUGUGAAACAUGAGGUGAGGGUUCAUUCGUUUAUUUGCUUUUUGAAUACGUUACUCACGUGCUGUCGUUGAUUUCCUAAAACGAUUUCUUAAAGAUGCCUUGAUAUUCAGCUUUGUUUUGGGAUAGUGAGUUGCACACUUGUUUAGCAAUCGAUUUCUUUUUUCUGACUUGUUGAAAGAUUCUUUUUCAAGAUCGGCUCGUGAAGGUUUUAUUUUCUGAUGAUUGGACUGGCCAGUACAGAAAAGUUUGAACUUAUUUUCCAGGUUGAUGACUUAUGCUUUUUUAUUUUCAUAACCCUUACUUUCAAAAUUUUCAGUCCUAGAGAGUCAUACGUUAUGUCUAUACAUAUGUGUACUUUUUUUGCAGGUUGACAUGAUCUUUGCCUCGUUUAUUCGUAAAGCUCAGGACAUUCACGACAUAAGAGAUCUUCUUGGUUCGAAAGGGCAAAAUAUCAAGGUCAUUGCCAAGAUUGAAAACCACGAAGGAGUAAAAAAAUUUGACGAGAUUAUGGAAGCCGCUGAUGGUAUCAUGGUGGCCAGAGGAGAUCUGGGAAUUGAGAUUCCUCCAGAGAAAGUGUUUUUAGCUCAGAAAAUGAUGAUUGGUCGUUGCAAUAAAAACGGAAAGCCAGUAAUCUGUGCUACACAGGUAAUCUCAAGGGCAAAUGAAACACAGCUCAAUGAUGCAAAUUGUUGCAUGUGCUCUACUCGAUUUUAAUGAGGAGAAUUGGUUGGCCAGACAAGAAUACUCACACGGAGAAUUCUAUUUUAGAUCUUAGGUGACAUCAAAUUCAAAAGCCACUUUUAAAAUCGGUCAAAAGUGAACAACCACCGGAACGAUGAGGGCUGGGAACCAGAUUUACGCAAAUGGCAAACAUCGAAGAAAAAUUUUUUUGGAAAAGAUUAAUAAAGAAAAGCACAGUGAAUGCCAUUACCUUGGUCAAAAAUUAAUAUCUUUAAGCGGGCGCUUAGUGGCAAUCAAAUAGGUUUGUUCCAAUUGCCAGAUGAAAAAAUUUGCUCCCCUUAAAUUUUCAAGUCAAAGCCAAAUGCAAAAAAGGGAAAUUUAAGAGGUAUUUCUUCACAUCAAACACAAUCCAUCUUGCGAGCGAGUCUUAAGAAGCGCAACAAAAUUUUUUCGCAGGCCUCGUUUCUCGAGCGCUGGUUUACAUGAAGAAAUUUGACAUGAAUUAAAGUCAGUCACCAACGGUCAACUUUCAGUCGCUGGUUGCAAAACCUAAUUUUUAUUCUGCAUACACCCAAAAGUGGAUGACCCGAAAAUAAACGAAACUUUUAUGCCUACUACCAGAAGAAAACUUUCUGUCCAGGUCAGUCAAUCCACUGUUUUGAUAGAUAAGAGAAGACUGAAACACAUUAACCAGAAUUAUACAGUGAGUGGCCUUAUGAGUCCGUUGUUAUUUACGUUGUGUGUCCAGCAGAUUUUUAAAAAAAAAUGGAGGUAUUUUGCUGCCCCGAUUUUGAUAGUCCAGUAAAUGAAGCAGCGCUGAAGAAACAUCUAAACUAGUUUGCAGGUUGUAAGUCAGUUGCGGACACGUUUUGUUUGAAAAGUUAUAAAUUAAUAUCAUGUUUUAUUUUUCCCACAGAUGUUGGAAAGUAUGAUUAAAAAUCCUCGUCCAACUCGUGCGGAGAGCUCAGAUGUGGCUAAUGCCAUUCUGGAUGGAGCGGAUUGUGUUAUGCUCUCAGGUUUGUGUCAGUGAAUCCAAUCAGUCAGAACAGUAUGCUAGAGAGAAGCUUAAUUAAGCUGGAGCGAGGCAUGUAUUUUUGCGCGGGAAAACUCGCAUGAUCUAUGAAAUUUGAUUGACUGAGUGGACAGUGUCGCCUCAGAAAUAACCAGUUAUUAAUAUUUGAGAAAAAGGGAGGCAGCAUGAGUCGGUUCUAAGGAUCCUAGAUAUACGCAGUUUUGUGCGAAUUUAUUCUCAAUUGUUUUGUUCGUUGUUAUUUGUUUACUCAAGGCGAGACAGCGAAAGGUACUUAUCCGGUGCAAGCUAUCGCCAUGAUGCACAAGAUUUGUCGUGAAGCAGAGGCCGCUAUUUAUCAUCGCCAGUUGUUUGAUGAUUUGAGGCACACAAUGAACAGGGUGGCUGAUACACACGAAACGACAGCCAUCGCAGCUGUGGCAGCAUCAUUCACAGCAAAUGCAGCCUGUAUUGUUUGUCUUACACACACGGGGAAGUAAGUUAAUCGUGUUCAAAAGUAUGAGCGCAUUUCGAUUUUGUUAUUUAACUAAAACCAAACUACGCCUUUGCCCUUCAAGAACGCAAGAUCAAUUUUCACUUUAAUAUACAUUCUUUAAUGCUAUUUUGUAAUCAAUAAUGACAGUUUUCAGCUACAUUAACAACUCUAGAAUUUCAAUUAAGUUUUUGUUCCAGUAAUUGCCUAUCCUUCUAUUGCUUCGCGGUUUAAGCAACACGGGAUGUUGGUUUGCAUAAACCUAAACAGGGCGUGAAAUUAAUUUUUUUUUUUCUGAUAGCCACUUGGCUCCUAAAUUCUUCAAAGUGGUGGCCAAUUCAAAAGAAGUUGGUCGCCAUUUUAAAAGACAAACAACCUUUUUUGACGCACGUUCUAGAUAGACCCUCCAAAAUUAAGUUAGGGGAAAGAUCUUUAACGUGCUACAAAGUGGACACUAGGAUGGAUGAUAUGCAACGUUCAAGCUCACCUAAAUCCAAGAUGGCGUAUAGUUAUCGAUCGAGAUGCAUGUGCUGAGUUUUGGAAACAAACUUAACGAGGAAGUUUGUCGCGGAUUUAUCUCUUCAAAUCUUUUUAAUCCACAUUCUAGUCGCUAAUUUGGCGACUAAUUUUCAGGAUUUGGUCGCCAAAGUGAAAAAAUUGAGUCGCAUUGGCGCCUGUAUUAGGCGCAAUUACACGCCCUGCUAAACCAUUGAGCGCGUUUUCGGACCGUUAUUGCGUUCUUCGGCCUGCUCUGAACAGAAUUCCCUGGCGAUAGUCUCCCAGUGGAAUGCCUUGACGUCUUGCUUUUUCCCGGUUGUUUAACUCCUUUUGAAUGGCAGGUUAAGAGAUCUCGGCCUUGAUUGGAGCUUUAAGAGUACUGAUCGCUUGUUCCACGAUGUUGACUGAAACAGACAGUAAGGAGGCAGCAUCUUAAGCUCUGUAUUUGCUCCAGGGUUGUUAGCAUUCCGACGUGCUGGAGCUCCAUCGUAUUUAAUCAUCACAAGGUCGUCCGGAUUCAGGUUCUGUCUUGCGCAAAGAAGUCGUUGAAGAGGCGGGCCUUCAUUCUUCCAAUUUGUUCUGUGAGAUGACGAGUCCAUUCAGCGGAAACACAGCCAUGAUGAUCGUCACAUUUCUUCCGCACAUUUCUUCCGCACAUUUCUUCCGCACAUUUCUUCCGCACAUUUCUUCAUACUUAACGAUGCGCUCGCUCGCCAACUCUCGCUCUUCCAUGACUUCUAGCCGUCCAAAAAAAUGGGGUGAUUCACAAUCCCCGAGGUCAUGAACCAGUUAGCGUCAUCAACGCGCAUCUGAAUAACAUCUGGCUUGUCCCUAUCCGCUGGUAAUGGUCUAGCCUAUUUCACACGUACCAGCAUCCCGUCAAGAGCUUUUCCAAUCGCCCUGUCGUGUACGAAAGGUUUUACCUGCAAUCUUCUUCGAAGCUCUUGAUUUAUUUCUCUCAAAGUAAGCAGGCAGUUCUCAUUGAUUACGACACCCAAGCACUCCUUCAUUUCUUCAUCCACUUUAACGUUGUUACGACCACCACGUGCCCUUUCGCGUAUUCGUCCCUCCCGGACAUAUUUCGCUAUAAUGCCUUUCGCUGUAGACCUGUUUACCCCCAAGGUAUCUGCAACCAAAAGGUAGUCUUCGUGCUCGUCUUCAAACGUCCUUACUAAUCUUUCUCGAUGCUUGUUUGGAACACGGUUUCGUAUUUUGAUAGCCAUUUCUGCAAGAAGAAUCUGAACAGCUUCUUUAUCAGACUCUUCGAAAUCCUGUAGGAAAAUUUAAUAGUGAAAUUGAAAUUUUAUUGACGAAGAAUAGAAUGGCACUAAUGAGCACUCAGUCACAUUAAAGAAUGUUUUUACCUUAAAAUGAUUCGGUAUUGGUGUUGAUGAGUACUUCUUUUGAUGUAAAUAUUCUAAAUGAACAUGCAAAAAUCAAGACGACAAUUUUUUCGCUCACUUGAUCGCACUUAGGCGUUAAUGUACUAUUCACUGAACCUACUGAAAAUUUAUCUUGCGUUCUUGAAGGGCAAAUAGUGUAUUUGCAACGCUCGAUUAAGGCAAAGGAAAAUGUCACGAAGAGCCAACGAGAUGUCGAAGUAAAUGAAUGCAAACUGAGUGGAGGAAGAAAAAACGGGACCAUUGAGUUUUGUAUUUUAUCUGAUUGGUUGAGAGGGUUGUAAAGAAAAACUUGUGCAAUAACCUUAAACGUCUUUUGCUCAGCUGAAAAUAUUUCCAUUUCUCUCUGAGAUAUGGUGACUCAGUAAGGUCAUUAAGCGAACAAGUUGAAUGUAACUACAAAAUGCUCGGCAGUACACUAUGUGGUGUUCUUACUCCAAGUGCUGUAAAGAAUCGAGUCAGAAGAAUUUCCAACUAGGUGAUGUGUAAGUUUCUUAUCCGUAUUUCAGAAGAAAUUAAACUAAAUUUUUUACAUCGCAUUUUUUGAAAUAACAGUUUGCUCUGGCUUUUAGGACUGCUGAAGUUGUGUCACGGUUCCGGCCUCGUUGUCCAAUUAUAGUAGUGACACGUGAUGCGCGCGUGGCCCGCCAGAUGCAUUUGUACCGAGGCUGCUUUCCUCUCAUUUACGACAAACCGCCCAAAGACAAUGUACUGGAGGAACAUGACGAGAGACUCGAGUUCGCGCUGGAUAUGGGCAAAAGGAUGGGCUUCAUGAAACUUGGCAAUACGUUCGUGUUCGUAUCUGGGUGGAAGGCAGGUGCAGCUCACACUAACACUAUCCGUAUACUGACUAUUAUGGAGGAAAAGAUUCAUAUUGCCAAGAGCUUGUCGGAGUCCGCUGACCUCAAAGGAAAAAUGCAGAUUCCCAAGUAGUUGUCAGCAUUCGGUAGCUGUCUUGAAUCCCAAUUCCGUGUUUUGCUGUUGUGAUCAGGGUAAAAUUAGAAUCGUUAACUACAAUGGUUUUCCGUAUUCUAAUUGGAUAUUUUCGUUUUAAAUAAUAAGAGUGAAUUUUGGAAAGAAUUUUUUUUAUUUAUUAGCGCUCGAUGGCUUUGCUUUCAUUUGGUCUAAAGUUUUUUUUACGUCUUUCGUGGAUCUAUUUCAACUCAAAGGAACUAACUUUUCAGUACUGGUGUGAUUUUGGGCUUUGUUGUGAAAUAUAGCGGAAAUGAAAAGAGUGAAACAAUUGCGGUGUGCAUUGGGGAGAAUACUGAUAUCAUAAAACUUUGUUGUAUAAUCGAAAAAGUAAUCAACAGCAAUCAACUUUAAGACGCACUAAAUAGUGAAGUCUGUUAUCAUAGAAUAUUAACUGAUGUUUAUGACGGGUCUAAAUAAAGAUAUGAACUAAUCUUUGCGACGUUACCUCAGUUUUCGAAAAAAAUAAAUAAAUAAAGGAACUCCUACGGG